AUGGGAAUCGCUGAAAUUUGUCAGUUUACGCUUCUGCAAACACCACUCCACCCUUUAAUCCUCAUAGUUUCCUACCUUUUAUUCGUGCUCAAACUGGGACCAAUCUGGAUGAAGAACAGGCAGCAGUUUGAGAUGAAAAAAGUCCUGAUGUUGUACAACACGUCUCAAAUAUUUUUCAACGCGUCCCUCUUCGUUGAGUUAGUGCCACUUUUAUUCAAAUUAAAUCUUUUCUGUGGACCCAUUGAAAAGUCAGAACUUACAAUGUAUUCCACAUUGAUGGUACUUUGUUACAAGUACAUCUUGCUCAAAGUGUAUGAUAUGGUAGAGACGGGAUUUUUCGUCCUCCGAAAAAGUCAUAGGCAAAUAACCUUUCUACAUGUUUAUCAUCAUGUUGUAAUAUUUGGUACAUCUUGGAUAUGCGCCAAAUAUUUUUUAGAAAGUAGGAAGUACCCUCUGGGCCCAAUUUUGGUUUUUGGUGUUUGGAAUACGUUUGUGCAUUCCUUAAUGUACACAUACUACUUGCUCAGUAUUAACGGAAGUUUAAGACAAUUAUGGUGGAAGAAGUGCAUCACUUUGCUACAACUUGCUCAGCACUCUACGAUGCUUGUUACCACUGCCGUUGACGCAAUAAAUGAUAAAUGUCCGUAUCCAAUGCACAUGCAAUUGGUUGGCCUAAUUAAUUUCUCACUCAUGGUUUAUCUCUUUAGCAGAUUUUACCUGGAAGCUUAUUGCGCCAAAAACAAAAAUUUUGACAGAAUUGGCGCUUCGGGAAUGUUACUCACACUUCCACGUAAUCAUUCGGAAUAG